AUGGCCAUCCUACCCGGAGGGCCGGGCAUGUCGGAUGCGGACACCAGGCAUGGCACGGAUGACCUGCACUUGCAGGAUGUCGAUGAUAUCAACGAGGCGGUUGGAAGCUGCCAGUCAGCGCAAAGCUUCUGCCGCUUGCAGUCUCAAAGUCUGGCGCAGUGGGCUCAUCGGAAGGAUGCCCGAUGGGACAAG